AUGUCUCACGAAGAAGAUCUCAUCGAUUACUCCGACGAGGAGCUUCAGACCACCGCGGCGCCCGCGACCACUGCCGCCCCCGCUGACUCCAAUGGCGAUGCCGCCAAGGAGGGUGAUCUGACCGUCUCUGGCCGCCCCGACAAGAAGGGUAGCUAUGUCGGUAUCCAUUCGACUGGUUUCCGUGAUUUCCUGCUGAAGGGUGAACUCCUUCGCGCCAUUACCGACUGCGGCUUCGAGCAUCCAUCGGAGGUCCAACAAGUGUGUAUCCCGACUGCCAUUCUCAAUGUCGACGUUCUCUGCCAGGCCAAGUCUGGUCUUGGUAAGACUGCGGUCUUCGUCUUGACCACUCUUCACCAGCUGGAGCCCGUUGCCGGCGAGUGCCAAAUCCUCGUGAUGUGCCACACCCGCGAACUGGCCUACCAGAUCAAGAACGAGUACACUCGCUUCUCCAAGUACCUCCCCGAUGUCAAGACCAAUGUUUUCUUCGGUGGUACCCCCAUCCAGAAGGACAUUGAGGUCCUCCAGAACAAGGAGACCCACCCCAACAUCAUUGUCGCCACCCCCGGUCGUCUGAACGCCCUGGUCCGUGACAAAAAGCUCUCCCUGCGCAAUGUCAAGUCCUUCGUCCUCGAUGAGUGUGACAAGAUGCUUGACCAGAUUGACAUGCGCCGCGAUGUCCAGGAGAUCUUCCGUGCCACCCCCGCCGACAAGCAGGUUAUGAUGUUCAGCGCCACCCUCUCCCAGGAGAUCCGCCCCAUUUGCAAGAAGUUCAUGCGUAACCCUCUCGAGGUCUACGUCGAUGAUGACACUAAGCUCACCCUGCACGGUCUGCAGCAAUACUACAUCAAGCUGAGCGAGCAGGAGAAAAACCGCAAGCUCAACGAGCUCCUCGACAACCUGGAGUUCAACCAGGUCAUCAUCUUCGUGAAGAGCACUCUCCGUGCUAAUGAGCUCGACAAGCUGCUGCGCGAGUGCAACUUCCCCAGUAUCGCUGUCCACUCUGGUGUCAGCCAGGAGGAGCGUAUCAAACGCUACAAGGAGUUCAAGGAAUUUAACAAGCGUAUCUGUGUCGCCACCGAUGUCUUCGGCCGUGGUAUCGAUAUCGAGCGUAUCAACCUGGCCAUCAACUACGAUCUGCCCGCCGAUGCCGACUCCUACCUGCACCGCGUCGGUCGUGCCGGUCGUUUCGGUACCAAGGGUCUGUCCAUCUCCUUCGUCAGCAACGAGGACGAUGAGAAGGUCCUGAAGGACAUUGAGAAGCGCUUCGAGGUUGCCCUUCCUGAGUACCCCGAGGGUGGUGUCGACUCCACCACCUACAUGGCUUAG